CUCUUGAUGGCUUAUCUUAUAGAGGGUUGAGUUCUCGUAUUGUUGCAGUUCGCACUUCGCAGAGUGAACAGGGUGGAUUGUUGUGUGCGACUCUUUUUUUCAGGGGAACAGCUGAUAAGAUAUUUUUCUUGCAGAAAUUAUAAUUGAUACUCGUUAUUCAUUCCAAGAUGAAGAAGAAGGUGUUGCUGAUGGGCAAAAGUGGCUCUGGAAAGACGAGCAUGCGUAGCAUUAUCUUCGCCAAUUAUAUCGCUCGGGAUACCCAUCGUUUGGGAGCAACAAUUGACGUAGAACAUUCUCACGUUCGUUUUCUCGGCAAUUUGGUACUGAAUCUAUGGGAUUGUGGUGGUCAGGAGGCAUUCAUGGAAAAUUACUUUGCAUCGCAGCGAGAUAACAUAUUCAGAAAUGUGGAGGUAUUAAUUUAUGUCUUUGAUGUGGAAUCAAGAGAAUUGGACAAAGACAUGCACUAUUAUCAAAGCUGCCUAGAAGCGAUACUGCAGAAUAGCCCAGAAGCAAAAAUAUUUUGCCUUGUUCACAAAAUGGAUCUUGUACAAGAGGACCAACGUGAUUAUAUAUUCAGGGAGAGAGAGGAAGAUUUAAAAAGACUGAGUUUGCCUCUGGAGUGCACUUGCUUUAGAACUAGUAUAUGGGAUGAAACAUUAUACAGGGCUUGGUCAUCUAUUGUAUAUAUGUUGAUUCCCAAUGUGAAAGAACUCGAACAAAGUUUAAAUCAGUUUGCCAAUAUUAUCGAUGCGGAUGAAGUUCUUUUAUUUGAGAGAGCAACCUUUUUGGUAAUAAGCCAUUGUCAGCGACAAUUUCAUAGAGAUGUUCAUCGCUUUGAAAAAGUUUCCAAUAUAAUCAAACAGUUUAAAUUGAGUUGCAGUAAAUUAGCAGCGCAGUUUCAAAGCAUGGAAGUUAGAAACAGCAAUUUCGCGGCUUUUAUUGAUAUAUUUACCUCAAAUACAUACGUGAUGGUCAUCAUGUCUGAUCCAACUAUACCAUCUGCAGCAACAUUAAUCAACAUACGCAAUGCGCGAAAACACUUCGAAAAAUUGGAGCGCGCUAGUCAGAGCUCGGCAUUAAGCAGAUAGAAGUCGGCGCGACCCAGGCGCCUCGUCACCCGGGUCCAAACUGUUGAUGACUGUUGAAUUUACGAAAGUCAGAUUUUGCAUUGUGUGCCGUUAAGAUAAAGCAUGCGAUUGAGAGAUUGAUACACUUGUUAACGAAAUCGGAUCACAUAUAUCGGAUCAUGGUAUAUAUUUCAAAUACGCUUUAUAAUAUUUGAUUUUCAACAUGAGCGUUUAUGACAAAAUAAGUAUAUAAUUGAUGUAUCUGAGAAAGAGGCAUAUACUUAUUUUGUCUGAGACAGGCUGACGGUUAUUGAUAUUUUAGAUUGUAAUAUAUAAAAUGAAUUUAUAUUAUAUGUAUAAUAUAACACGUCUCUGUAAUUUAUCGAUAUAGGACUUAUACAUGCGUAAUUCCUUCUAAUCUUAUUCUAAAUAUUUUUUUAUGUAUUAUUCUUAUUUUUUAUUUUUGACUUAAAGGUUGAUGAUCAAAAUCGACUUGCAAGAAUAUUCUAUGAAUGCUAGUAAUAAAUGAAUCAGUGCAAUCAUAUGUCUUUCUAUUUGCAUAUAUCACUAUAUAAUAUACAUCUCACAAUAUAACAAUAUAAGACUGAGUGUUUAUCUGGGAUUUUAGGUAUCGAAAGUGACUCGCAAUGGUAAAAGUUUUUCAUGUAGAUAAUUCAUGAAGAUUACAUUUAACUAUGUAUGUACACUCAUAAGUUUUACUAUUGAGAGUUUUUUUUUCUCAAAUAUAAAAUUUUAAGUAACUGUACAGCUUGUAUUAAAGUGUCAUAUGAUAAUUAUAAAGCUAAUAAAUGAUAAAUGCUAAUUUAAGAUAGACAUUCUAUGGUAUAUUUACAUCAUAAGUAAAAGAUUUGUGUACGAGAGUUCAUAGAUUAAAGUGUAUUUUUUAAA